UCUCCCUCGCUGACCAGUAACAAUGGUUGGUAAGCUUCCUCCCAGUCUCAUUUCUUUAAAACACUCCACCAAACUCCAACACUACCCCAUCUCAUCCACUACUCAAUCAUGGCGCUUUACACCACCGUGAUGGACGCCGUCACCGCCUACACGGGGCUGUCUCCGGCGGCCUUCUUCACAAUCCUCGCUCUCAUGUGGGUCGUUUACAAAACUGUGUGCGGCAUGUUUGUCGACCCAGAAGAGUUAAACAACGCUAAGAAGCCCGCCGCUGCCGCCGCUGACGUGUCCCCUCCGGCUUUGGUGGCUCCAGCCGAACCGGUUCAGUUGGGUGAUGUCACUGAGGACGAGUUGAGAGCUUAUAAUGGGUCUGACCCAAGUAAGCCUCUUUUGAUGGCGAUUAAGGGGCAGAUCUAUGACGUUUCUGUUUCCAGGAUGUUUUAUGGACCUGGAGGGCCAUAUGCAAUGUUUGCGGGAAGGGAUGCCAGCAGAGCCUUGGCUCUUAUGUCUUUUGACCCUCAAGAUCUCACUGGAAACAUUGAAGGUCUUAGUGAAGACGAGCUUGAAGUUCUACAGGAUUGGGAGUACAAAUUCAUGGAAAAAUAUGUUAAGGUUGGCCAGCUUGUUUCAGAAAAAACACAGAAACACAAUGAAAAUGGUAAAGAGCAUGAUAGUUAAAAAUCAGGAAGUGAAAGAAUACAACUUUGUUUGCCUGUGUACUUUUGAAACUUAUAUAUUAUAGUUCACUCUUGUUUUCACUUGUAGAA